CGAGCUAAAAAAAAAAAAAAAAAAAGGUGAGCUAACCAACCGACGUUAAGGUUUGACCUUAUUUGUGAUUUGGUGGCGAGACAAAGCUCGUAAAUUAUCAAUCAGCAAAAAGCUUCGAGGAGAGGACGAGAGGAGCAGGCAGAGGUGUAACUUUGUCACUGUGAAGGCUGUGUAACACUUGGUUGGACACACUUUAAUGAAGACAAUCCAUGAUGGACUCCAGGUCUCGCAGACUUCCGUUUUGUCUGCCCAGCUCGAGGCCGUCCUAUACAUCCAGUCCAACGCUUUCCUCCUCGUCACCGGGCUCCAGUAGGCUGUACAGUAGGGAACCAGUGCUGAGUAAUGACCGCUACCCGAGGACAUCAUCAUCAUCAUCAUCAUCUUCUUACAAAGCGGACCUGGACCAACAGAGUUCUCGUUUCCUGGGGUCGUCCAGAGACUACAGCAGCUCUGACAGCCGCUCCAGCAGCUGGAAGUUGCCUUCUUCUCUGACUUCAUCCAGCAGAUCUUAUGAACGCCCGUGGGCUGAAUCCUCUCUCAGCAACAGGAGCAAACUGACUGAUUCUGAGGGGAGGUUGGGGAUGCGCUCAGUUCUGUUGAACGCCACUGAUGACGGCGAUUCUAAAAGGGCCAAACUGUCGUACAGCAACAGAGGACUGUACUCAAGAACGCCCAGCACCUCACUUACAGGACCCACCUAUUCCAGUAAUGGGCUUAGCAGUGGCAGAGGUUCAAGUGAAAAACAAAAUGACACUUUUGAUCCGUCGUGGAGCUCGUGCCGUUUACUCUCGCGGUCGUCGUCGUCAUCUUCCUCUGCCUCAAACCCGCUGCUGUCCAGGAGAGAGUUGGAGACAAAGAACGAGCCCACUCUCUCAGGUUUGGGAGAAAGAAGGCUGAGGACUCCUGGAUUGGCGUCUUCAUUGUAUCAGACAGACAGGGUGACCUCCACAUAUGCACAGGGAGCUCGACCUAAAGACACUGCCUACUCCCCCUCUUCCUCCUCCUCCUCCUCUUCCUCCUCUUCUUACUCCCCCACUGCUAGAGAAAGCUCCCUAAAUCGCCACCUCUUAUCUUCAACCUCCCACCGGUCUUCUCCUUUGGUGCGUGACUUGGGCAACAGAACCACAGCCCGUUUCAUGAAUGGCCCAUCUACCCUCCACUCAUCUCAGGAACAAACAGGAAACCCUGAAUCUUCCUCAGAUAUCUCCUCCUCUUACUCCACCCGCACCCCGUGGUACACCACUCCCCUGGCAAGACCAGAGGCCACGCUUCCUCCCAGGCCAGCCCCUGAAGGAGGAGAGACGGAGGGCCGUCGCUCCACUCGACGUCUUCUGUCUCGUCUCUUUUCACGGCGCUCCAGCCAAGACUCCAGCGGAUCCUCCAGUGUUCGCUCACUUGACGACGACAGUCCAUCAACUGGCGGAGAGUCUGUGGACAGUGACGAGGGAGCCAGGAUGUCGAAUGUGGAGCCUGACACUGGAGGGUCAGAGGCGACUUUGGGCAGCCUCAGGAACCGUAGAGCAGAUCUCGCCCCCAUCCAGGAAAACAACAACGAUAGCUAUCAUAGUGGCCUGGCUCGGCCCAGAAUGUCACUGUGGAGAGAGCCCGGUGUUGGCAGCAGUAAUAACACGAGUGGUGGAGGCGGCAGCGGCAGCUCCUCCUGGCUCUCCUCCUCCCUCCGUGGCCGCUGCCCUCCCCUCCUCGCUCGCCUCAGACGACACACCAGAGACGAGAGUACACACUCAGCUGCAGGUUUAGAAGAAAGCUACAGCCGCCCACAGCAUCUGCUGAGAAGGUGGGACAACCUUGAGCAUAAAUCAUCACAAGAUGACGACGACGAGGAGGAGGAAGAUGACGAAGACGAGGACGAGGAGGAGGAAAAAGAGGAAGGAGCAGUUGGUUUAGAUGCCUUUGGCUCAGGUCGUCCCCGCAAACUCGAGGACGACACUUUACCUGAACUGGAAGAUGCCUCGAUUGAGUUUUCACCACGCAGCAGAGUCGGAGUGUAUGAAAACCUUUCAGUUUCUAUGGGUCCAUUGAGUGGUGUGGAGAGCCAGCUGGAUGGCCAGAGGGAGAAGGCCGUUUCCAGUAGGGAUCAAGAGAAGCUGCGCAAGAUCAAGGAGAGACUGCUGCUGGAGGAUUCUGACGAGGAAGAAGGCGACCUGUGCCGUAUCUGCCAGAUGGGGGAGGAAUCGCUGUCCAACCCCCUGAUUCAGCCUUGUCGCUGCACGGGCAGUCUGCAGUACGUCCACCAGGAAUGCAUCAAGAGGUGGCUUCGCUCUAAAAUCGGCUCAGGCACAAACCUGGAGGCCAUCACAACAUGUGAACUCUGCAAGGAGAAAUUGCGUCUGAACAUCGACAACUUUGACAUUCAGGAGUUGUACAGAACACAUGUGCAAUCAGAAUACGAUGAGUUCAUCAGCAGCGGUCUCUAUCUGGUGGUGCUGCUUCAUUUCUGUGAACAGCGGUUCUCCGAUGUCCUGGGAGCAGUCGAUGCAGCUGGGUUAUUCAACCUGGUGAGAAUCCUUCAUGAACACAUGGACAAUCUUGAAAUUCCCCACGGAGAAAGUGACGAGGAGAGCCGAGACAACAGACCAUCUAUUGACUUUUCUGACCUGGACGAUGAUCUGGAAGAAGAGUACUAAUCAGUGGUGGAAAGGGGGGGGGUAAAUAAAAAAAAUUUAAAAAGUGGGAUGAUCUGAAGUGGCAGGGCUACUCCAUGCCAUAUGGUAGCUCAUCCAGUUUUCGCACAUGCUUCGACAUCGUCAUAUUCAUCCGAAAUGCGUGUCUCGCCUUCGUCGCGGGUGGCUUUUGCAGAUAUGCAAACUUGAAAUGGAUCAGUGCAUAAAAUCUUUUGGUUGACCCCACCGUUUUUUUUGUGUUUCUAUGAGUGCACUUUAUUCAAUUAUAAUAAAAUAAAAAUGCAAGUCUUUUUAAUCGUUAAACCACAAGUGCUUUAAUGUCGAAAUGAACCCGCAGAAAGUGGAAAAAAAACAGAUGGACGUUAAUUUGUACUUCAGUGUGAUGGUCAGAGGAACGUUUUGGGGAGAGAAUAUUAAAAAGUGGUAAUUAUUCCUUUUUCCUCUGAGAAAUAUGUUUUAAAACAUGAGUACUGAUCCCAUCAAUGACUUUUCUUCAUCUUUGUUUCAGUGUUUGAAAUGUACGUUCAAAUCUUGUUUCAUGCUUUUCAUUUUGGGAAUAAAGAUUGAAUGCAAACCUU